CUUCCGGAUCCAGCGUCUGGGCGGUGCACGUGGUUGUGCUGCCGGGGCCGGAGCCGGCGCUGGUUGAGAAGUAGUGAACGGAGCCGAAGCGAUGGAGGGUCACAGCGUGGAGGACCUGCUGGCAAAGGCGGAGCGGGACGAGGCAGAGAAGCUGCAGCGCAUCACGGUGCACAAGGAGCUGGAGCUGGAGUUCGACUUGGGUAACCUCCUGGCCUCGGACCGGAACCCCCCGACUGAGCUGCGGCGCGCGGGACCCGCUCCGGAGGCCGAGCUGCGAGCUUUGGCGCGGGACAACACGCAGCUGCUCAUCAACCAGCUGUGGCAGCUGCCCACGGAACGUGUGGAGGAGGCGGUGGUGGCGCAGCUGCCGGAGCCCACCACUCGCCUGCCGCGCGAGAAACCGGUGCCCAAGCCGCGGCCGCUUACACGCUGGCAACAGUUCGCGCGCCUCAAGGGCAUCCGACCCAAGAAGAAAACCAAUCUGGUGUGGGACGAGGUGAGCGGCCAGUGGCGGCGCCGCUGGGGGUACCAGCGCGCCCGCGACAACACCAAGGAAUGGUUGAUCGAGGUGCCCGACCGUGCCGACCCCUUGGAGGACCAGUUCGCCAAGCGCAUUCAGGCUAAGAAGGAACGAGUGGCCAAGAACGAGCUGAACCGGCUUCGUAACCUCGCCCGUGCGCACAAGAUGCAGCUGCCCAGUUCGGCAGGCAUGCACCCCACCGGACACCAGAGUAAGGAGGAGCUCGGCCGCGCCAUGCAGGUAGCUAAGGUCUCCACGGCCUCCGUAGGGCGCUUCCAAGAGCGCCUGCCCAAGGAAAAGGCACCCCGCGGCUCCGGCAAGAAGAGGAAGUUUCAGCCUCUUUUUGGGGACUUUGCAGCCGAGAAGAAGAGCCAGUUAGAGUUGCUGCGAGUCAUGAACAGCAAAAAGCCUCAGAUGGACGUGACGAGGGCCACCAAUAAACAAAUGAGGGAGGAGGAUCAGGAGGAGGCAGCCAAGAGGAGGAAAAUGAUCCAGAAGGGCAAGAGAAAGGGGGGGAGGCAGCAGGGUCCUGGGGGCAAGAGAAGAGGAGGAGGUCCUCCCAGCCAGGGAGGGAAGAGGAAAGUGGGCUUGGGAGGCAAGAUGAAUUCGGGACCACCUGGCUUGGGUGGCAAAAGGAAAGGAGGGCAACACCAGGGAGGAAAGAGGAGAAAGUAAAUUUCACCCUGGAAUUGGCCUGUAAACCUGGGACUAUAUACUAAAUGUUAAUUUAUAGGGUUGGGGGAGAGAGCUGCUGAAGGGAGUUGGCUGCCUUUGUUGAAGGUCGAGGGACUCAGGAAUCCCCUCCCCUCAAGAUAUAUUGUAGAUGUUGGACUCUACACAUUAAUGUUUCCUCCACAACCAUCUUUUUUUUUUUUUUUUUUUUUUUUACUUUGGAUGUGGGAUGAGGGAUAUGGUCAUAUUUCAGAGGUGCAGACAGAUUUAUACAUUUCUACGUUUUUAUAACAAUUGUGUAUUAUCAAGGCAGAGAGAGUAAGGGAAGAUUACAUUUUCAGAACUGGACUUACAAAUAACUGUUGUAAAGGUUAUUUAAUAAAAGUGUACCUAUCUAAUAUUGCUUUAUACUUUUUGGCUGUUGGUAGAAAUCUUAAGUGAUUUGGCUACAGGGUACAGGUUUUGUUUACUUUCUUAAAAAGCAACUAUAAGUUAUGCCUUCAGCAAGACCACUUUUAGGAAGACUCACACUUCUUUUGAUAUCAGAUAUAAUAUUGAAAGUAGUACAACUGGUGUCUUUUGAAAAAAAUAUUUCAUACUUCCAACAUUGAAAACAUUGAUUUGCUGUAAAUGAUAAAAUUUGGGCCUUACCAAAUAAUGGCAGUCUUCAUUAAUCUAGAAAAUAAAUCUUUUCAAUAUUUAUGUCCCCAGUUUUUUGCUUUUUUGCCCCAGUU